CCGGUGCUGCAGCCAAACGUGGACGUGUGUGACUCGGGUACAUCCAUGAUUCAAUUAGGCAAAGGAAAGGCGACUUGUCCUCUAUUAGUGGGCCGCCAUCACAGGGGCCACAACCAGCUGUCAUGAGUCUGGCUGCUGGACGGCUCCCAGCCCCACAGGCCGCACACAAGGCAGCUUUUGUCUGGUGACUCUGGACGCCAGCGUUGGCCAAAUUGGAGUCACAAGAGCACACAGAGAAAGCUUGAGGCUUCGGGCUUAAGGGGGGACUGCAGCUUUUCUGUGUGGCUCCGGGGGAACUCUGAGUGUUUUCUGCCUCGGUAUGGAGAGCUGGCUGCGUGCGCUGCUGCUGUGCUCGCUGAGUGUGGCUUUGUCCUCUGGAGAGGCGACGAAAAAUGAUGAUGACAUCGACCUUGUCAGCUUCCUGAGAAGACUCUCCCCGGGGCUGCUGGUGAGAGACGAGCCGUUCAUCAUCGACCGAGACUUUGAGGUAAACUCCCGGAAGGAGCGGGGACACCCAGAGGUGCUCUCCCCCACCCAGGAAACCAAGGACAAGACGGCCGGUCAGGGUGCAAACAGGACCCCCGACCCGAGCCCUGUGGUGCUGACCAAGGAUGGCGUGAUCAAGGGGGUUACUGUGGAUAAGGCCCAUGUUUUCUAUGGGAUCCCAUACGCAGACCCCCCGGUGGGCGCGUACCGCUGGAAGCCUCCCCGACCCGUGACUCCGUGGCAGGGCGUUCACGACGCCUCCUUCCCCCGGGCCGCGUGCAUGCAGGGCUGCAGCGGGCCCAUUUCAGACGAGUGUCCUCAGACGGUGAGCGAGGACUGCCUCUACCUGAACAUCUUCGUCCCUCGGGACGUGAACCUGAGCUCGCCGCUGCGGAGGCCGCUGCCCGUCAUGGUGUGGAUCCACGGCGGGGAUUUCAUCGCCGGCUCGGCCUCCAAGCCGCUGUACGACGGACGCUUCAUCAGCAACUUCACCCACACCGUCGUCGUGAGCCUGGAGUACCGACUCGGUGCGUUCGGGUUCCUGGUGUCGGGUAAAACCCCCCAGACCUCGGCCACAGGGAAUUAUGGGAUCCUGGACCAGCAGGCGGCUCUCCUCUGGGUCCAGAGGAACAUCGCUAUGUUUGGAGGUGACCCUGGCAAGGUGACAAUAUUCGGGGAGAGCGCGGGUGCCCAGUCGGUCAGCCUCCACCUGAUGAUCCAGAGCAGCAAGCCUCUGUUCAAGCAGGCCGUCUUCCAGAGCCUCCCCUUCUCCAUCCCACUGAAGACCAGGCACGACGCCCUGAAGCUGGGGAAGGCCUUCGCUAAAAACGCCAACUGCUCUGUGAGCGACUUCGUGUGCCUGCUGUCUCUCACCCCGCAGGCCGUCCUGGCCGCACAGAUGAAAUCAAGUUCGAGGGUCGUGAACCCGUUCAGGUUUCUGGAGAUUUUCGAGACCUGGGGUCCGUACAUCGACAGGGAGUUGAUAAAAGAGCAGGCGGUCACUGCCUUCCAGAAGGGCCACUGGCAGAAGGAGAAACCAGUGCUGCUCGGUACGACCUCGGAGGAGGGCGUGAUCUUCGUGUACGGCGUCUUCACCAAACCCGUGUCGGCGGUGGAGUGCACCGUGUACACCACGGCCAUCUUCAAACAGCACGCGCUGCGCGUCCUGCACAAGUACCUGCCUCUGUACAAGGACGCCGACCGCAGGGACAUGCUGGCUCAGAUCGUCACCGACUUCGUCUUCCUGUGUCCGUCCAGGCGGUCGGCGCGUGCCAGCACGGCGGCGGGCAGCUCCGUGUGGAUGUACGUGUUCGACCACGUGGCGUCCGACCACCACGUCUGGUCGGGCCUGACGUUCUGCUACCAGCACGCCUGCCACGGCGCCGAGCUGCCCUUCCUGUUCGACUCGGCCUCCGUGGCCAACUUCACGCUGUCGCCGCCGGAGAGGCUGCUGUCCAACCGGAUGCUGUGCUACUGGGGCGCCUUCGCCCACGCGGGCGACCCCUCCUCGCGGGUCCAGCAGACGAACUUCUGCCGGCAGCAGCGCCCGCCGGCUUGGCCGCGCUACUCUGACAAAAGCGGCUGGCAGGUCAUGAACCUGACAGUCCGCUCGCAUGCGCAGGCGGGAACCAGGGACCAUAUCUGUGACUUCUGGGACCAACUGGGCAUCUACUAGUUCCCUUUCAUCCCUGAGAAUGUAAAAUCAAACUGAGCUGCAAAAACCUGGCAGCCAAAUGUUGCUGCGCUUACCAGAAACCCUGCAAUCCUUGUUGAAUACAAAGCAAGACCUUUUCUGAAUCUUUACGAUCCACUGAGAAAUUCAUACGAUUUACAA